AUGUCCUCUCUGAAUAAUUCUUCAUCAACAACAAAUUACAUUGAUUAUGAAACAAAUUCUAAUCAAUUUUUCGGAAAGGGUUUCGCCCAUUGGGAUAGUGUUUUCUUCAUGAGGAUUGCAAAAGUUGGUUAUUAUGAAUAUGAGAAUUUUUUUGCCUUCUUUCCUCUCUUUCCCUUCAGUGUACGAUAUUUGACAUUGUUUGUUGUUCAACCUGUUAGAGAAUUUUUAUUCAGUGGUAGUCAAUUACAUCAUGUAGACGAUUAUGUAAUUAGUGGAGUACUAAUUUCGAAUAUUUGUUUCAUAAUUUCGGUUUAUGUAUUUAUCAAGCUGACUAAGGAACUAUUUGGAAAUAAUUGGAAACUCAUCAAGAUUAGUACUCUACUGUAUAUUAUUAAUCCUGCUACUGUUUUUAUGAGUGUAGCCUAUACAGAGAGCAUGUUCUCCCUAUUCUCACUGUUGGGAAUGUAUUUCCAUGCAAAGAAAAGACACGUACUAUCAUGUCUAUUUUUUUGCCUGGCAACUGCAACAAGAGGAAAUGGAAUAGCUCUUUGUGGAUUUUACAUUUAUCAAUUUAUAUUCGACCAAUUUAAUUUAUGGAAAAAUAGAAAGUCUGAAGACAGAAUUUCAAAAUUAUUCAAAUACUUUCUUUUUGAUUUUGUAAAAUAUAUCAUUGUAGGAUGUGCAUCCGUAAUGUUACCUUAUUUAUUAUUUCAAUAUUAUGGAUAUAUCUCAUUCUGCACUGCUCAAAACGGAUUAAGCUCUCCAAUUGGAAAGGAUUACAUUUCCAAAUAUCAUCCAUGGUGCCAAUCAACAUUACCUCACCUCUAUGGUUACGUACAAAGCAAAUAUUGGAAUGUUGGACUAUUCAAAUAUUACGAAUUCAAACAAAUUCCAAAUUUCUUGCUUGCUAGUCCUAUGAUAUUAAUAUCAUUAACAGCCAUUUAUCAAUACUUUUCACACGACAAGAUGAGAUUCAUCUCUAUUGGUCUCUUUCCCACUCAUCCUCAAGAAAAGUCUCUAUUCGAAACCAACAACCAAAUUUUCGUUUAU